AUGGAAAAGGAAUCUUUCAUGUCUGCUGAGGUUGCUGCCAUACUUAAUAAAUCCUUCAUUCCAAUCAAGCUGGACCGGGAAGAACGACCGGAUAUUGACGAUGUGUACAUGAAUUAUGUUCAGGCUACCACCGGGUCCGGAGGCUGGCCUCUGAACGUGUUUCUUACUCCUGACCUUGAGCCAGUCUUUGGAGGUACGUACUGGCCUGGACCGAAUGCAACCCCGCUGCCAAAGCUGGGUGGUGAAGAGCCAGUUGGGUUCAUUGAUGUCCUUGAGAAGCUGAGGGAUGUCUGGAACACCCAACAGCUCCGGUGCCGGGAGAGUGCAAAGGAGAUUACUCGGCAACUGCGUGAAUUUGCAGAAGAAGGCAUUCAUCUGUCCCAGGUUAACAAGAGCGAGCAAGAGGAAGACCUCGAAGUUGACUUGCUGGAGGAAGCCUUCACGCACUUUGCAGCCCGUUAUGAUGCUACAAAUGGCGGCUUUUCCGGAUCUCCCAAGUUUCCCACACCGGUCAAUUUGUCGUUUCUACUUCGCCUGUCGAGAUAUCCCGAAGAAGUGAUGGAUAUAGUUGGCCGUGAGGAGUGCGCCAAGGCCACGGAGAUGGCAGUAAAUACUAUGAUCAAGGUGGCGCGGGGAGGCAUUCGAGACCAAAUUGGCUAUGGCUUCUCGCGGUACAGCGUCACUCCGGACUGGAGUCUGCCGCACUUUGAGAAAAUGUUAUAUGACCAGGCGCAGCUACUCGAUGUGUUUAUUGAUGGCUUUGAAGCUAGCCAUGAGCCUGAGCUCCUCGGCGCCAUCUACGAUCUAGUCACGUAUAUUACAAGUACCCCCAUCUUAUCUCCGAUGGGAUGCUUCUACUCGUCAGAAGAUGCGGAUAGCCAGCCUAGCCCCGAGGAUACCGAGAAGCGAGAAGGAGCCUACUAUGUAUGGACGCUGAAGGAACUGAAACAGAUAUUGGGCCAGCGCGAUGCUGACGUCUGUGCACGGCACUGGGGGGUCCUACCAGACGGAAAUGUGGCGCGAGUGAACGACCCCCACGAUGAGUUCAUGAACAGAAACGUCCUAAGGAUUGCGACGACUCCCGCCCAAGUUGCAAAGGAGUUUGGACUGAACGAGGAAGAAACAAUACGGAUCCUAAAGACGUCCAGGGUGAAACUCCGCGAGUAUAGAGAAACGAAGCGGGUACGGCCUGAACUAGACGACAAGAUCAUUGUUGCCUGGAACGGACUCGUGAUCGGUGCGCUCUCGAAGUGUGCCAUAUUGCUGGAAGAUAUCGAUGCCGAAAAGUCAAAACACUGCAGGCUGAUGGCUGGCAACGCUGUUAAGUUCAUCAAGGAAAACUUGUUUGAUGCCGAGUCUGGCCAGCUCUGGCGAAUCUACCGUGCUGAUUCCCGCGGAGACACGCCUGGAUUUGCCGACGACUAUGCCUACCUCAUAUCCGGCUUGCUCCAGCUCUACGAAGCGACAUUUGAUGAUGCGCAUUUACAGUUUGCGGAUAAAUUGCAGCGUGAGUUUCCAAUUAUUGCCAAUCAUUAA